AUGGGGCUCGCAGCUGUGAUAAGGGGUGUGGUGUUGAUGAUUCCCUUGCCAAUCUUGUUAAAGCGAUUGCCCUUCUGCAAGGAUGUCAUUCUGUCCCAUUGCUACUGCUACCACCCUGACAUUAUGAAGCUGGCCUGUGGCCCUGUCAGAGUCAACAUCAUCUAUGGAUUGUCCCUUGUCAUCUGCUCCUUUGGGAUUGACUCUAUGUUCAUUGUCAUUUCAUAUGUCUUGAUUUUCAAAACAGUGCUAGGUAUUGCCUCUGGAGGUGGUCAGCUCAAGGCACUUAAUACUUGUGUUUCCCACAUCUUCACUGUCUUCAUCUUUUAUGUGCCCCUCAUUGCACUAGCCUUGGUUCAUAGGUUUGGGACAUUCACUUCUCCUCUUCUCCAUGUCACUAUGGCCAAUCUCUUUCUGUUCUUGACUCCUGUCCUCAACCCUUUGGUUUACAGCCUAAAAACCAAGCAGAUAAGGUCAGCAAUACAUAAGGUAAUCAAGGGCAGGAGAAACUUGCUCAAGCAGUGA